UCCGGCUUCUAUUCCGCCGACGCGUCUAAAGGAAUAUGGUUCCCACUGCACGUCUCGGACCUGGACUUCUGCGGACACGUGGUGACCAAGUCCAGCCCCGACCUCGACCACGAUCACCCCGGCUUCUCGGAUCCUGCCUACCGCGCCCGUCGAGACGAAAUUUCUCAGAUUGCCUUCGACUACAAACACGGUCAAGCCAUCCCUAGAGUCGAGUACACCCCGGACGAAGUGAAGACAUGGGGCAUCGUGUACAGAAGUACGAAGGCCCUGAUGAAAACACACGCGUGCCAGGAGUUCAUCGAGGCCAUUGGAGUCCUGGAGGAAGAACUGAACUACGGACCGGACAGCAUACCGCAACUGGAAGACGUGUCCAACUUCCUCAAGCGUAAGAGCGGCUUCAGCCUGCGGCCAGCUGCCGGCUUCGUGACGGCCCGGGACUUCCUGGCCAGUCUCGCCUUCCGGGUGUUCCAGUGCACGCAAUACGUCCGACACAGCUCCGCCCCGCACCACUCGCCGGAACCAGACUGCAUCCACGAAUUAAUUGGUCACGUGCCCAUGUUCGCGGACCCGCACUUCGCCCAGUUUUCUCAAGCCAUCGGCCUGGCCUCCCUGGGAAUCUCCGACGAAAACAUCGAGAAAGUGGCUACGCUGUACGCCUUCACCGUUGAGUUCGGACUGUGCAAGCAGAACGGAGAGAUCAGGGCCUUCGGCGCUGGCUUGCUGUCCUCGGUCGGCGAAAUACAGCAUGCACUGUCCGGCAAGCCCACGAUCGUAAACUUCGAUCCCGAAAAAACCGCGGUGCAGAAGUUCCAGGACUUCACGUACCAGAGCACCUACUUCCUCGCAGAAAGCUUCGACGACGCCAAGGAAAAACUGAGGCGCUACGUGGCCAAGAGUCGUUUCCGACCGUUCGAUAUUGCUUACGACGCCCGCCGCGAGCGCGUCAUUCCCCUGGGUUCUCCCGAGGGUCUCAUCAUCGUGACCAACAGUUCCUAAGGACCGACUGAAGCGACAGGCGACAAACGCCGCAACCCGCCGACACGUCGAGCCCAGCCUGUUGUUGGCAAACCCCCCUCACACUUGGGGGCUGCGCAGAGACUUUGCAAAACGUGCAGCGCCCUCACUGGUGCCGAAAGGCAUUCUGGGAGACGACGGAGGCAACGGCGUCAAUGCAGACGAGCGGCCGAGAA